CCACACCAAUAUGGUUCUGUGUCGUUCCUUUGUGUCUGAUGGUUUUAGUGGGAACAUGUGACUGGGAUUAGAUCAGACCCAGCCCAUGAGGAUCAGUGCAUUCAAUGCCUAAACAAACCAGCUUACUGGGAGCCAGGCUGGACAAACACAACACCCACAGAGGACCUAAGUGAGUGGGUGCGUGUAAACUGGACGCGUCUUCGCUUCUAGCACGGUUCAGGUGUUUAGAUGAGAAGUGAGUAUGACUAAAACGCCUGGCACUGCAACCCCAUGUGCGGAUGUGGUAGAUACGAUCCAGGGUUUAUCUCGGCCUGGCACCCUGGCACAGCCUGCCGAGCCUAAGCAGCAUGGGCAUCAAAAACCCUCCCCGCGAUCUGGGCUUCCUGAGCUGCUUGUAACGUGUGAUCCGUGCGCGGUGCAACCGGAGCAGAGAUCCACACCCAGCUCUGUCCGUAACACCGGCAGCGGGCUUUCCUGCUCCUCUCAGCCGGAUGAGGAGUCGCUGUGCUCGGACAGCGGCUGUAGCGGCUCCCCCGGCUCCUCUCUCGGGCUGAGGAAGCUCUCCGACUGCUCCUCACUGGGUCUCUCACCGACCUCCUCUUUCGACGAGUAUGAGGAGGAAUUGAGCACAAAUCACACAGAAGGGAACCACAGAAUACACGGGAGAAACCUGGAGAACCUCCAGAAUAAUAAAACCAUGGUAAACUGGUCUCCUGUGGUGGUGCCUCUGAAGAAGCGAGCUCCCUGGGUUCAGGUGGUCGGUCAUGCAGGUAACUUUCAGACAGGCGGCGACGGGAAGCUGUUGAAGAGGUACUGCGCUAGCGAGCAGCAGUGUCUGCAGAGGCUCAUGGACGACGUGCUCCGGCCUUUCGUACCGGCGUAUCACGGCGUGACCCGGAGAGACGAGCAGGACUACAACCUCAUGGACGACCUGCUGGCUUACUUCGACUCGCCCUGCAUUAUGGACUGCAAAAUGGGAAGCAGGACCUACUUGGAGGAGGAGCUGAAGAAAGCCAGGAAGAAUCCUCAGCCUCGUGGAGACAUGUACGAGAAGAUGGUGGCGGUGGAUCCGGAGGCCCCGACGCCGGAGGAACGAGCCCAGCAGGCUGUGCUUAAAAGCAGAUACAUGCAGUGGAGGGAGACGCUCAGCUCCACCGCCACGCUGGGCUUCCGUAUCGAGGGCAUCAAGAAAUCAGACGGCACCUGUAACACCAAUUUUAAAAGGACGAAGUAUAAAGAGGAAGUGAUUCAGGCGCUGGAGGAUUUUGUCGACCGUAACAUCUCACUGCUGAGAAAUUACCAGCAGAGGCUGAAGGAUCUGCGGCUCAUGCUGGAGAAAUCCGAUUUCUUCCGAACACACGAGUUGGUGGGAAGCUCGCUGCUGUUUGUGCACGACCAGAGUGGCCGAGCCGGAGUUUGGAUGAUCGAUUUUGGGAAGACGGUGCACGUGCCUCCUCCUCUCACCCUGGACCACCGCAGCCCCUGGGUGGAGGGGAACAGGGAGGACGGCUACCUGUGGGGCCUGGACAAUUUCAUUAACAUUUUAACCGACAUGAUUUCGGCACAGUGAGGAUUCGAGAUCCGAGAACGCUGGAAAUGUUCAGUUUCUCUGUGGAACUCUUUUUAUUGUUAUUUUUGGAACAUACACCGAUCAGCCAUAACAUUAAA